UAUGUGUUGGUGGUGGUGGGGAGCUGCAGAGUGUGGGGAAACAGCCAUCAGGUGUGGGCUGCCAAGGGCAGUGAUUUGCCCAUGUCUGGUAUGGGAGGUAGUGAUGUAGAUUUGUCUUUGGUGAGCCCAGCUUGGAGAAUUUUCAGCUCCGGCCCUGGGGUAAGAGCUGUGAAAUCUGUGAGCUAUCUGGGGAGAGCCAUUUGGAAGGUGGAGCCAGGGGUGGUGAUGUAACGCUGGAAAGGAAAGGGGUCAUCCUAGUGAAUGAUGAGAGGGAGAGAGCUGGGGGCUGAAACACUGGGUGUAAGUGUGCCGGCGCCAUGAUGUCAUGAGGCCCGAGAACUGGGUCAGGUGUGUGGGCCAGGAUGGGGCCUGGGGGGCAGCCGCACAGUGCUUGCAGGGAUGGGGUGGUGACGUCAUGGGUUGGUGAGGGCGGGGCCUCGAAGGCACCGCUGGGAUGCGUGAGGUCAGGAAGGAGACAGGCUGAGAAGAGGAGCUGGGAGAGGCUCAGGACUGAAAUGAAAUCAGCCACCAGGAUGAGCCACUGGUCAUUCCGAAGCAAGGAUGGAGGAUGCAGCAACCUUGGCCAUGGACCAGCCGGCUGGCCUGCAGGUAGACUACGUCUUCCGGGGUGUGGAGCAUGCCGUGCGGGUGAUGGUUUCUGGGCAGGUGCUGGAGCUGGAGGUGGAGGACCGGAUGACGGCUGACCAGUGGCGGGGCGAGUUUGAUGCUGGCUUCAUUGAAGAUUUGACUCACAAGACAGGGAACUUCAAACAGUUCAACAUCUUCUGUCAUAUGCUGGAGUCAGCCCUCACUCAGAGUAGUGAGUCAGUCACCCUGGACCUGCUGACCUACACAGACCUGGAGUCCCUGCGGAACCGCAAGAUGGGGGGCCGCCCAGGCUCCUUGGCCCCCAGAUCGGCCCAGCUCAACUCCAAGCGCUACCUGAUUCUCAUCUACUCUGUGGAGUUUGACAGGAUUCACUACCCGCUGCCCCUCCUAUACCAGGGCAAGCCAGACCCCGUGGUUCUGCAGGGCAUCAUCCGGUCACUGAAGGAGGAACUGGGCCGCCUGCAAGGGCUGGAUGGCCAGAACACUCGGGACACCCGGGAGAAUGAGAUCUGGCACCUGCGGGAGCAGGUGUCGCGCCUGGCGUCCGAGAAGCGGGAGCUGGAGGCGCAGCUGGGCCGAUCGCGCGAGGAGGCGCUGGCCGGGCGCGCGGCGCGCCAGGAGGCCGAGGCGCUGCGCGGGCUGGUGCGCGGGCUGGAGCUGGAGCUACGGCAGGAGCGCGGCCUCGGGCACAGGGUGGCCGGCCGUCGCGGCCAGGACUGCCGCCGUCUGGCCAAGGAGCUCGAGGAGGCGAAGGCAUCGGAGCGGACCUUGCGCGCCCGGCUGAAGACGCUGACCAGCGAGCUGGCAUUGUACAAGAGAGGGAGGCGGACUCCGCCGGUGCAGCCGCUCUCGGCGCGGGAGGACCGGGCCUCAUCGUCCCGGGAGCGCUCCACGUCGCGAGGCCGCGGCGCCGCGCGCUCCUCAUCCCGGGAGAGCGGCCGCGGGAGCCGGGGUCGGGGCCGCCCUGCGCGCCCCUCGCCCUCGCCCACAGGUGGUCGUGCGCUCCGCUUCGACCCCACGGCCUUUGUGAAAGCCAAGGAAAGGAAGAAGAGAGAGAUCCAGAUGAAGCAGCAGCAGCGGAACCGAUUAGGCAGUGGGGGAAGCGGGGACGGUCCGUCCGUUUCCUGGUCUCGCCAGACCCGGCCCCCUGCUGCCGUGACUGGCCGAGGGGACGCCCCUAAUCGCUCCCGAAACCGCAGCUCCUCAGUGGACAGUUUCCGCAGCCGCUGCUCGUCUGCCAGCUCCUGCAGCGAUUUGGAGGAUUUCUCUGAGUCGCUCUCCAGAGGGGGUCACCGCCGCCGUGGGAAGCCUCCUAGCCCAACACCCUGGAGUGGGUCCAAUACGAAGUCUACCCCCGUGGAACACAGCCACCAUCAGAAAUCUCUGGCCAACUCCGGGGGCUGGGUCCCCAUCAAAGAGUACAGCUCGGACCACCAGGCGGCUGACAUGGCCGAAAUAGACGCUCGCCUGAAGGCCUUGCAGGAGUACAUGAACCGACUGGACAUGCGGUCAUGACGUGGAGAAGGGGUACUGCCCCUCCAUCCCCCACCCACUUGCUGGGUAUGGUGUGGGGGGUGGGGCCAGGGUGGCCUCCAGCCCUGCCCAGUCCCUGCCCUGGCCCCGUCCCUCCUGCUGCCCCUGGGGUCUCAGGUGUGUGAGGCCCUGACCCUGCCCUCUCCCCAGGCAGUGCAUGCUGGGAGGGAGGAUGUGUGCAUUUUGUAAAUAAACAUAUUUGCCCUGGGGA